AUCUGCUACAAAAAAUAACAAAAAAAAAACCCAUUCCAGUGUUAGCCAAUCUGCGACGCAGUUUAAGGACUGUCAAGGGAGGCCAUAGCAGCAGCUGGCAAAAAUAUUGACAGUUUAUCAAGCAACGAAACUCGGGAUUUGCUGUUUUUGUGACCAUAGCUGAGUAACACCGGUUAGGAUUGGAAGGUGCAGCCGAGCUAGGGUGUAGUGAAGUCGGGGAGAGGAGGAGGAGGGGAGGGUCCGGACAGGAGAAAAACAAAGAUGUCUGUGUAGUUCAACUAGGCAAAUCCUAGCGACCUGUCUGAACAUCUCUCUGAUUUUUUUCUCCAAAACUGACACGUCCCGGAGGUCCAGUGGAUAGCGAGCUGGCAACGGGGAGGAGAGAAAAAAAACCGUUUACCGACCAGCCGAACCGGGCCGUUAUGAACGGCCGCUCAUGCGCUGUCACGGCAAAUAACUGCGACUUGACAACACAAAAACAUCUCUGACGGGUUGUUUUGUUCUAGCUAGACGAGGGCGAGGGCCGGAGUGUUUUUGUGAGCUUGUUAGCUAUAGCAAUGUAGCUAGCUGAAUAUAUUCGUUAAAACUGCCAGUCAACAGCGCUACAUUUCUAUACGAAAACGACCAUUAGAAAAAAAAAAAACUAUUUUGGAAAAUUACUAAAACGUCCGUUUGUUAAAUUCAACGCGUAUUGCGCAACAUUGCUUACUAACUAGCUAGCUAACUAGCUAACUCACUAGCUAACGUCCAUUCCAGCUGUCCUGGCUUUCCCUUGCCGAGCCUGGGGUCGCUAAAUCUGCCAGCUAGCUAACAGGUCGCUAGAUUACGCCUGACAAACACCACCACCACCCACCAUGUCCUCGAUGGAAGAGCGUGGUGAGGUGGGCGUCGCGGCGGCUCCAGGCUCCUCAGGCGGCCUGGGGGUUGGUGCGGUGGGGGCAGCUCUGGAGACAGUGGUCGGUGGGCCGUCAAUGCAAGAGGAGGUGGGCUUCCGAAGAGGAGAGGGACUCGGGCCCGAUUCGGACCCGGACGAGCCGCCGCCCAAGAAGCGGAUGAGAUUGCCGGAGGGAGAGUCGGGAAAGCUGGAAGAGAGGCUGUAUUCAGUGCUGUGCUGCACGGUGUGUUUAGAUCUGCCCAAAGCCUCCGUUUAUCAGUGCACCAACGGUCACCUGAUGUGUGCUGGUUGUUUCAUCCACCUGCUGGCUGACUCUCGUCUGAAAGAGGAGCAGGCCACGUGUCCUAACUGCAGGUGUGAGAUCACCAAGUCUCUGUGUUGUAGGAACCUGGCUGUAGAGAAGGCUGUGAGUGAGCUGCCCACAGACUGUCCCUUCUGUCUCAAACAGUUCCCUCGCUCCAGCCUAGAGAGGCACCAGAAAGAGGAGUGUCAAGACAGGGUGACGCAGUGUAAGUAUAAGCGGAUUGGCUGCCCAUGGAAGGGACCGUUCCACGAGCUACCGGCCCACGAGGAGGAGUGCUGCCAUCCCACCAAGACUGGCACAGAGCUGAUGGGCAUCCUGGGGGAGAUGGACCAGAGCCACAGCAGAGAACUAACCCUUUACAACUCUAUAUUCUCCCUGCUCUGUUACGAGAAGAUAGGCUUCACAGGUAGGCUAGAGGUCCAGUUCAGGCCGUACCGGACAGAUGACUUCAUCACCCGUCUGUACUAUGAGAGUCCUCGUUUCACCGUGUUGAACCAGACCUGGGUACUGAAGGCCAGGGUCAACGACUCUGAACGCAACCCUAACCUCUCCUGCAAACGCACCCUCUCCUUCCAACUCAUCCUCAAGAGCAAGGUGAACUCGGCUAUAGAGUGUUCCUUCCUGCUGUUGAAAGGACCGUACGACGACGUGAGGAUCAAGCCUGUGAUCCACCAUCACGCGUUCAGCAACGACACCAACGAGACAGACUACGUCCCCCUGCCCAUCACCGACUCUGUGGAGUGUAACAAACUACUGGCCGCCAAGAACAUCAACCUACGACUCUUCAUCUUCCAGAUCCAGAAAUAGACAAGACGAGGAGGAGGAGGAGGGAGAGGACCGAGAGAGACGUGUAGAGGACGUGAGGGAGAGAGAAGUUUGAGUUUAAAGUGAGACACCACUGAUACCUCUUUACACACACACACAUACACAUACACAUACACACACACACACAGCCCACUAGACCACAUAUUGAGAGAGUUAGGGAACCCCACCAUUUCAGGUGCUGCUUUUAGUGUUGCUUUGGAGACCGGAUGGUGUUGCUAGGGGAAUUAAUCUGUAUGGACUGAGGAUGUUGUUACUAUGGGGGUGUUAGGGGAGAGGGGGUUGUCACUAUGGAGACAGGAUGGUGUACCCGUGCAGUUGAGUCGGUCUGACAUUUCACCCUUUGACCCCAGAGCCAAAGGUAGCUCAUACCCACCAAAGCAGGAUGAACCAUACGAGAGUGUGUGUGUGUGUGUGUGGUAUGAUACUCUGAGAAAAUGUGUGUGCGUAUGUGUUCCAAAGAUGUGAAUGUGAGCUUUUGAACUCUGUUGACCACUCAGCUAGUCUGUCCUAUAGAAUGGAAGGGUGGGUUACUUGUAUACACACACUCUGACCUGCUCCUAGUCUGUUUGAUUAGGACAGCCGUCCACUUGGUUCGGAGACCAACCCAGAGCAGAGCCAAGAUGGCAGUGUUUUGCAUGCUCCUUUUAGUUAGUCCUUCAAAAAUGAGUUGUGAUUUAUAUAUUUAACCUCAAAAGUUAACUUAUACCUUAUUUUUUUUUAAAUUUAUUUUUAACCCUGAAUAUUUAAAUUCCUUUGAACUUAGCCUUUUUUUUAAAGUUUGGUAUUAGUGUGGCUGUGCGCUCGCGUGUGUGUGCACGGUGUUGCUCGCGUGCGUGUGCACGGUGUUGCUCGCGUGCGUGUGCACGGUGUUGCUCGCGUGCGUGUGCACGGUGUUGCUCGCGUGCGUGUGCACGGUGUUGCUCGCGUGAGUGUGCACGGUGUUGCUCGCGUGCGUGUGCACGGUGUUGCUCGCGUGCGUUUGUUUUUUGACAGAUGCAUUUAGGGCCCUAGUGAUCACAUCCCUAUAAACAGAUACUUGCAUGGCCACACACACACACACACACACAUACACACACACACAAUCAACAGACCUCUUAGGCCUGCUCAGAAACCAACAUCUGUGUAUGUAUGUUUGUGUGGACUCCUCCUUCUUCUCUGGUUGGGCCGUGCUAGAACCGGAGAACCCAGAACCCUGAAACGGACCUGAAGGGAACCCCAGCUAGUGUGACAGACUGGGUUUGAAUCCAGUUUGUCUGCGUGCCACAAGACCGCGUUAGUCCUCUAAGCUAAAUCCCAGGGCAUUAUCUUGGGGAGGUUCCCCUGUAGGAGGGUGGUUCCCCUGUAGGAGGGUGGUUCCCCUGUAGGAGGGCGGUUCCCCUGUAGUAGGGUGGUUCCCCUCCGGAAGAUGGAAAAGAGAACCUGAACGGUCCACCGAGUCAACCCUGUUUCACAGGACUAAGGGCUCGAUUCCAUCAGAUCCGCUUUAGCCAACAUCUGCAGAGUGGUUGUUUUGGCGGUCAAAUCCACAAGUAAAGCCGGGCAUUCCCAUUGGCUGCACGGAGUCACAUUAACAGAAAUCCCAUGCAGCCUUGUUUACAUGUUCAACACUGGAAUGUGAGAUGUAGCCUACACUUUGAUUUAGGGAUGAAUGAAAUCCUCAUUUAGUUGAAUGAUUUUUUUCAAUUUGAGCAUAAAUAUUUCCAUAUAGCCUACACAUUCUCGUUGUGAACUUCUGCAGUGAAGUGGGGCAGGUGUGGUUUCCUGGCGAUGAUCGCAAGAACAGCUGCUCAGCGAAUUAUUAUUAUUAUUUUUUUUUUUGAUGGCUCAAACUGAAGUCCCACCGCCAAAACAUCCGCUAUGCUGGUGUCUACUGACGCCGGUUAACUCAUGAUCUGAUUGUCUAGACCUAGCUCAUGACUCUGGUUUUAAAUGGGGAGAAUCCUGGAUGGGACCUUUUGACUUUGGGAACUGGUAAUUUGUGUGUGCGUUACUAUGGUGACGUGUUUAGAGUGUUUAGAGUUACUUGAAUGAUGCUGAGAUGACGAUGUUACUAAAAAGUAGAAUCUACUGUGAUGGCUCUGUCUCUCCUCCUGGCCUAUUUAGGUUGAGUAUUUCUAUAGAUCUGACUCCUCCGGGCCUAUCUAGGUCUUGUAUUUCUGUGUUUUAAUGCUUUUUCGUCUCUAUGCCAAUAGACUCACUGACUCAUCUCACUAUGGCUGUACAUGUGCCUUUUAUUAAAGAUCAUGGAAACUGA